UGAUCUCUACUGCGCUCUCGAGAGCACAGAGGGUGUGUGUUGGAACGUUUACCUGCUGUUGUGCGACAAGCGAGGAAUUUCACAAGUGUUUUUAUUACAUUGCGCUAGCCGUUAGUCACCGUGCUGUUUCCGUGUGUCACAUUUGAAGUCCCAAUGACGUAGACAGCUUUGCAUCGUCGCAAGGUUCUCGGUGCGCUUGAAACGAAGAAUGGAAGUGAAUAUGUGUGCCAUCGAAACCAACAAAUCGCCUUCGAUCGUGGCCUCAAAAUACAACCAUCUCGGCUAGUAAGCGUACUUACAUACGUCGCAGAAUAGGCGUGAACUGUUAGAAGCACGACACUCGCAUAAAGACACCGCGACUCCUCUAAAGUAGGCGGAAACCAGCACCUGUGGAAAUAAACUGCCAACUGCAUUGCCAUCGUUUGUACACCACAACUAGCCACUAUGAACAGCCAUCGCAUCGGAAACACCUCGGCAUUCUGGCUUGAAGACACGUCGUCACUGAAAGAAGCCGCUCGGCUAUCAGCCCAAGUCAAGCAAGAUGCUGACUUUGGACCUGACCCUUUCAAGACGUCCACCAUAGACGACUGUCUUGAGCAAGUAGUGCAGUCGAAAAACAAAAAGGAACUGAGCGCCGACGAUGACUACUACUGGAACACUUCUGCCCACGUUGCGUUCAACUUCGACGACGUGGACGACGACGGGAGAAGGAAUGUGCAGUUCAACAAGAGAGCGCAGUCUUCCGCCAACAACGUGAGGAAAUUUAGCUUUGAUGAAUCGAACCGAGUCACUGCGGAAGCCUGCGGUGUCACCCUGCCUUCUCCUGGCUCAAACUUGAGGCAGGCGGGCCUGGGAGAUGUACAGAAGCAUGCCGAAAGGCUGAGGAUCAGCCAUGACGUUCCUACGAAAGGUCUAAAAAGUACAAACACCCCGGAGGAGACGGUGAGGAACAUUGUGAUAGGCCAGCCUUACUUCCUUGGUCAGCACCGUUCAAAAGAAGACAAAAUUGCUCUGCUGAAUGAGGCUGUGCGUAUUCAAGAUGGAAAUGCCAUAAUUGCUGUCUUGCUCUUUCUGAAGCAAACCCUGAAGCAGUCUCUGUUCAACCAAGAACUGAUGCAAAGACCGAGGGCCGUGUCUCACUACCUGAGUCACCUGCGUGCUGUGCAGGACAACAGCCAGCUCAUGGACAUCCUAGGAAUGCUUGGCAGGGCUGAGGACGCUGCUAUGAUCAAGUACAAGCUUGCUGUGGAAACACCGGAAGCGGCAACAAGGCUUCGAAACCUACAGUCCUGUUACAAAUCCCACUUCCAGUCUGACCCUUCACUCGAGACACAGGCUGAACUGGUCAGAGAGGAAUUGAAGCUGCUCGAAAUGCAACUCACCAUCGAGGAACAAGACUCCAGAGCAGAAAUGGAAGGUCAGAACAUCCUGAUGCAAGAGUUUCCCCGCAAGGCCCCUGUAGUGGGGACGUCUCUGGUCACAACGCUUUACUACUGCUGUCUCUAUCAUUACAAUGUCUCGAACAACCAUGUUGCCAGUCCCAGCCAGAUGAAGGCCCUGUUCAAUUUGACCGAAAAACAGUUUGUCUGGACUGCCCUGACAGCCUUAGCACAGAUAAAACAUUGGAAAGAAAUCGACAACCUGUUUCAGGGCAAGUCUUGGCUCGGCAAAUCGAAAAUGCGGUGCUGCAUCGGCUUCGACAAGGCUGUCGAAAUUCUGGCCAAGGCGCAUGCCCCGCCCGAGGUGUUCGAGAAAUACCUACAAAUGGUUGACGAUUCAGAAAAGCGACUGACGUUGGCAAAGGCGCACAAGUGUCACAGCGUUGUCAUUGAGACGCUGGUUUACCUGAGAGAUCGGCAACGGCUGCUUAGGUACAAGAGUGAAGUUCAGCCACAGUCCACGGCAUUCUUCGAGAUUGAAAGGCUUCUCAACGGCACGGCUGUAAAGUGGAAGAACUGAAGCAACUAUUGAUCUUUUUGUAAAUAAUAAAAA